CAAGUCAACACUUGAGAAUGAUAGGGCGUCUAAAUCAAAUUUGAUUGUGAAAACUUAACAACUCCUCUGAAGAACAUAUGCACCUUCUUUACUCGUUGGCUACCUCGGGUGCCUAAAAUUGUGGGGCUACAUUUCGCGAGAACAUCGCGCUAUCAGCUGAUGCCUCCUUUGCUGUGCCUUAUUAUACUCCACUCUUCUCCCCUUAAAAGCAGGAAAGGUCGUCUGUCCGAGCAAUUUCAUUCCAUCUCUAUUCACAAUUGCUUCAAAAUCGUUCUUUGCAAUGACUCCCUUGCUUCGUCAACUUCAGAUUUGGGGAGCACAGUGGCAUCGCGAUGAUUAUUUGAAGGUGCUCAACGACAAAAUAGCAUAUUGGGCAAGAAAGCCAUACCCUAUGCGUGCCUUGCACCAAGAAAUCGACGCCUUAUUCGUUGAUGACCCGCAUCUUCUAGAGACGCUUGAUCAGUUUCUAGUCGAGAAAUUCCCGAAGCAGAUUGCCAAAGCUGAGGAAGCCAGAAUUGAACAGGAAGAAACUCAUAGAAUAGCUUGUGAGAUUCAAAGCGAGUCUAGACUCCUCACACUUCCUCGAGAAAUUCGUGAUAAGAUUUGGGAAGAAGCUGUUAUAGGUCAGGUCAUUCACAUCAGUCAUACAGAAGCACAUAGUCCGAAACGCCGUCGUCCGGGACGCCCCAAGAGAGCCAAGUUCCUCUAUCACGCCUGUAAAGCCGGGCUUCAUAGCUCAGCAUGUCCACCCGGUCAAGGUGACCAUAUCAACUGCUCUACAGACGGGCCGAGUGACUUCCAUGGCAUCAGUCUCGUGUGCAGACAAGUCUACCUAGAGCUCCCCGCAUCAGACUCAAUGCUGUCGAACAACGCUCUCCAGUUUUCCGACCUUAACACCGCAGACCGUUUUCUCUUUGGUCUUGAUGAAGAUAUCAGAGCGUCUGUGACUCAUCUAAAGUUAGCGGUUCCUUAUUCCUUGACUGGGCGAAUUUAUCCUCUCUACGGAGUCGCCAUGGCUGAUCCUUGGCAAUCCAUCUGCAAUUAUUACAGCAAUCCGUGGGACAGAAAAUCGUUGCGCAUGUACCCCAAACCUAAUGAUCAGUCACAUCUGCUCAGAGAACCAAUACACUUCUACUACUCUGGAUGCUAUUACGCCCACAAUAGGGACAGGCUAUAUAGAACGUGGCAAGUGGGUCGUGGGAACACGAGUUGGGAUGUCACUAUCUCAGAACUCAAAUACAGAGGCUGUCCACGGCUCGAGGUAGCAAUGGCAUGUCCUACUGCGAAAGAGAUUGCAAAUGAAGCUUCCCACCACAGUUCAGCAGGUCUCUGGAGAACGGAAUUUGAGACCCAUCCUCAAUCCUGGCUUAUACCGCUAUUACAGUUUCGAAAUUACGACCAGUUGGGAUUUCAAUUCUACGACAAAGACGGAGUGAAGGAUUUUCAGCCGGACUUCGUUGCUGCAUUGAAGGAACACAUUGCUGGGCUGCCGAUUGGGCCUCAAAUCUGUGCUUUCUUUGCAGGAGGAGGAUAUGCGAACGGACAAGCGUACCAAUUAUAGGCUCUUCAUGUUGUUCUAUUCGGGGCGCGGACAAUUAUUUCUAGCAAAGCUUAUAUAUCCCCGAGAAAAGUGAUCUACUUUAUGAUACUUUACUCUGUGCAUUGGCUGAGUUUGUUCAGAUAAUAAGCCCUUCCAGGUGUUCCCCUUACCAACAGGGGACAUCUGUCGUCCCUCUGGAAGUGACCAGCUUCGAACACUACAUUCACGCAGUCAUGAACUACAACGCCCCAAGUA